AUGUUCGAUCUGAAUUUCAUAUGGUUUUAUCUGUGUUUCGUGGCUGUUCCUCAAAUUGCUUGGUCUGCCCGAGUCAACACAACAGCUUCGGAUGGGAAAGUGAUUAUUUCUGGGAAUCAUAACGAAGUUGUUGUAUCUACAGAUAGAGAUAAUAAGAUUGCACUCGCUAAGAUAAAAAGCAGUUUGGAGUCAGUUAAGAAAUCGAACGAAGAGCUCUUCUCUCGGCUUCAGAACAUCUCUCAGAGGUUGUCAGCUCAGGAAAGUCGAAGUAUGAAUCUUUCGAGUCUGGAAACAAAAAUCACCGUCGAGCGGGCAACGUAUAUUGUUUUGAUUAAACAGGUUUUACAAUAGGGUGAUUUUUUGCCGAUUUUUUUAGUUAGUUCUAGCAGUGAAAUUAGCAUUAAUUUUAGAUCCCAAGCUUUUAAGUUACAAUAUUAAGAGUAAACCCUUGUCCGCAUUUAUAAACCCUUUAGACCCUUCAGUGAAGACCAUGUAAGACCGCUUUAUUGGCUUUCUUGUCAAUAAGUCUCGCGUCAUCCUUCAACAAGCUGGAACAAUUUAUUUGUUCUUUUUGUAGCAAACAACUACGCUUUGCAUUUCACCCGCAAAAGCACCAGUGACUAUGUCACGACAAUCGGCAUGCCAAGCCUAAAGGCCGUCUCAGUUUGCCUUUGGAUGAAGUCUUCAGAUAAAGGAAAUGGAGGAACACCGUUGAGCUACGCAGUCUCAGAAUCAAAACACUACAAUGAAUUGGUCUUUAUGGACUACAGAAAGUUCACGUUUUGGAUAGGAAACGAUGUAAGGUACAAAUAUCCCUAAACACGACUUUAAACCGAUAAACAUCAUUCUCCCAGGAAGCCAUAAAUGCAUCAGGCGUCCGUAACUAGGUUAGAGUCGACAUAUCCUUACGGUGGUCCUAUAAGAGAUACGCUUUACGAAAAUUACAUGUAGUUUUUAAGAGUGAAUGUACUAUUAAAUGACUACGGACUACAAGACAAUUAACAAUAAUAAAAGUGUAAGAGGGAGGUAAAUCAACUUUUCAACUUCUUUAGAAAUACAGCUGUAUCCGCCAACGAUGGGCAAUGGCACCAAAUCUGCGCCACAUGGGAGAACAGUGCUGGAUCAUGGAAGAUGUAUAAAGAUGGAAAGGUGGCAGCUUCUGGAAACGGUUUUAAGACAGGUAUGCUUGCCCUCUGUCACUAACGUGGCACUGAACGAUUAAGAGUGGAUAGCGUUGAGCUACAUCAGUUCUGACUCUCAGAAAAAAACUUAUAGUGUGGAAGUAAAAUUACUGUUUGUUUUCGCUCUAGUAAUACUAAAUAAAAAAACUAAGUUAGCUGCAAGGAGAAAAAUUAAAAAAUUUCUUUCUAAUAUUUAAAUUUCCAGGUCAUGUGAUACGUGGUGGUGGGGUGCUUAUACUUGGUCAAGAUCAAGAUUCACUGGGAGGAUCCUUUGAUGCCAAUCAGUGCUUCAUUGGUGAAUUGACAGGUGUCAACAUCUGGAAUCACGUGAUCAAUGAGCAAGAGAUCAACCACAUGUCCAAGUCUUGUCUGAGAGGGGUGGGGAACGUAUUCCAGUGGAGUGACUUCAAGUCUCACGUGAAAGGCUCAGUGCGUUCGAUUAAACCGUCAUGUUAG